AUGGAAUGGCGAAGUGCCGCCAAACAGAUACUGGAAAAGUUUGUCUCGGUGGAUGUUAUUCCUGUUCGCGGCAGGGUGAUAAAGCGACAGAUAAUCAAUGAUACGCGAGUGAUAGGAGUGAGCGCACAUUCGGCUCAAAUCAUGAAGUCCAGCGUGGACUUGGGCAGUCUGCUUGAUACCGGCUAUCCUGACAAACUGACACUGAUGGUGGAGCGUCGAGACAUGGCGUCGGGAGGCCCGACUGGAGGCUUGGGCCCGGGCUCGGGGGGUCCGGGUGGAUUCAGCGCACCCCGCCUCACAACGACCGCUGAUUUCCAACCACCGUAUUUCCCUCCUCCCUAUAAUCACCUGCCCCCGCAGCAGCAGCUGGAUUUCCAAUCCGCACAAGACCCUUAUGCGAAUCACCUAAAUUCUCUACAUCCAGCAUCUGCUCAACACUACCACCAGCUGCAUCCCGCUGGAAGAACUCACAACGUUGCGGCCACCCCGACUGGGCGACGUCCAGAAGAUGAUGCCAUUCUGCUUGGUGUCGGUGGCAUGGGCGCCCCACCCGGGAUCUCCUACGAUGGCAGAAGAACCGAAUCCAGUUACCACCGGAUGGACCAACACGACCUUCUUGCUGGCAUCCAUCAGCAGAUCGAUGAUGGACAAGCCUCAACCUGUUCGUCGGACAACGGCAACCCGAACGACUUCAUGGAGGCUGCUAGCGUCGACGAUGGGAUCUUCGGCGAUCACGGCGUCAUACGAAAAGGAAUACAUGGUGGAAAAGAAGGGCUCAUGGGACCCGGAGGGCCCGGAAUGGGUCUCCCGGGUCAGGUGACUGCCACCGAUGUUUUCUGUUCAGUUCCUGGAAGACUAUCGUUGCUGAGCUCCACGUCCAAGUACAAGGUGACAAUCGGGGAGGUACAGAGAAGACUGUCGCCCCCUGAAUGUCUCAACGCGUCCCUGCUCGGGGGAGUUCUCAGACGAGCGAAGUCGAAAAACGGAGGCAGGUCUCUCCGCGAGAAGCUGGAAAAAAUCGGUCUCAAUUUGCCCGCCGGAAGGAGGAAAGCCGCGAACGUUACGCUACUCACCUCUCUUGUUGAAGGUGAGGCUAUUCAUCUAGCGAGAGAUUUCGGCUAUGUUUGCGAAACGGAAUUCCCGUCACGACAUGUCGCCGAAUACCUCAGCCGGAAUGUUGUACAAGCUGGGGACCCGCAAGACAUAUAUCGGAGGAAGGAGCUGCUGCUAGCCACGAAGGGGAUGAUACAAGAGUUCAUGGAUCUCCUAAACCAGGACAGGACCCCACUAUGCAAUACACGACCCCAGGUCGUGUUAGAACCAAACGUACAGCGGCAUUUGACGCAUUUCGCGCUAAUAACACAUGGGUUUGGUUCUCCUGCUGUUGUGGCGGCCUGUACUGCAAUGCAGAACUGUAUCAACGAAUCGCUCAAACUUCUCGAUAAGCAUCUCAGUGGGAAUUAUAAUACCGCCGUGUCAGGAGUUACGAACGGAGGCACAUCAAUACUUGGCGUGCCGACGCAGGUGGACCCCAAGAAGGAGGAUGACAAGAAGUGA